AAGAAGGAAGGAGAACUGUGAUGCUUGAGGUCCCAAAUACUGAAGGUUCUGCUAUGAUGAUAACUAAUAGCAGACACUUAAGUGAUGCUAGCAGAAACCAAAAUGAUGCCAUGAAUGGUGCAGAAGUGGUGAAGACUGAAGGGAGAAAAUUCUUUAAGGAUGAUCAGUUUUGUAACUAUUGCAAGAAAACAGGUCAUACAAAGGAGACCUGCUGGAAACUCCAUGGAAAACCACCAAGGAUGGGGCGUAAUGGAGGACAAAAAUGGAACCAUUCAAGAGGACAUGCACACUUAACAAAUUCAGGAGAGGCAGCACAUGAGUCCAGCACCCUAGAGGUGAGAGAAUUCAACAAAGAGGAGAUUGAACGCUUAAGAACCUUACUCAACACAAUGGAGAAACCAUCUGGAUCAUGCUCUCUUGCUCAAAAUGGACCUAGCUACGGGGAGGACGAUUGGGCAAGCUAGAGUCAAAGAUGGGCU